AGACGUAUGCCAUUUGUAACUCUCUCUCCACAACAUUCAUUUCGAUCAUCAUCUUCCAACAAACUCCGGCGAUGGCGAUGUCAAUGGCGAUGAAGCGUUCUGCCGCCGCUGCUACUCGUGCUCUUUCCUCUGCUACUUCCUCCUCCAUCCUAACCAGAGAUCUUCACUCUUCUUCAGGGAAAAAGAAGAUUGUAGGUGUUUUCUACAAGGCACACGAGUACGCUAAGAUGAAUCCUAAUUUUAUGGGCUGUGUAGAGAACGCAUUGGGCAUUCGCGACUGGUUAGAAUCACAAGGCCACGAGUACAUAGUCACUGAUGACAAAGAGGGACCCGAUUGUGAACUAGAGAAACAUAUUCCCGAUGCACACGUUAUCAUAACCACUCCGUUCCACCCUGGCUAUAUCACCGCCGAAAGGAUUAAAAAAGCAAAGAAUCUGCAACUUUUGUUGACAGCUGGAAUCGGGUCUGAUCAUGUUGAUCUCAAGGCCGCUGCUAAUGCUGGGUUAACCGUUGCCGAGGUUACCGGAAGCAACGUUGUUUCCGUUGCGGAAGAUGAACUUAUGAGAAUCCUCAUUCUCGUUCGCAACUUCUUACCUGGAUACCAUCAGGUUAUUAAUGGGGAUUGGAAUGUUGCGGGUAUUGCUUACCGAGCUUAUGAUCUUGAAGGGAAAACCGUUGGCACCGUUGGUUGUGGACGGAUUGGUAGACUUUUACUUCAAAGGUUGAAGCCGUUCGGGUGCAAUCUUUUGUACCAUGAUCGUAUUAAGAUGGACCCGGAGUUGGAGAAUCAAAUCGGUGCAAGCUAUGAGGAAGAUCUUGAUAAAAUGCUCCCGAAAUGUGACGUAGUUGUCAUCAACACACCUUUAACAGAGAAAACCAAAGGAAUGUUUGACAAAGAAAAAAUUGCUAAAAUGAAAAAAGGGGUUCUCAUUGUUAACAAUGCUCGCGGAGCUAUAAUGGAUACACAAGCCGUUGCUGAUGGCUGUUCUAGUGGUCACAUCGGAGGCUAUAGUGGAGAUGUUUGGUACCCACAACCCGCUCCGAAAGAUCACCCAUGGCGGUAUAUGCCAAAUCAGGCUAUGACCCCUCACAUUUCUGGAACAACCAUUGACGCACAGUUGCGAUAUGCGGCUGGAGUGAAAGAUAUGCUGGAGAAUUAUUUUAAGGGAGAAGACUUUCCGGCCCAGCAUUACAUUGUGAAGGAGGGUGAACUGGCAAGCCAGUACCGUUGAUCUGUCCGGUUCGAGUAGUAUGUAGUUGUGGUUUUGAAUAAGUUAUGUUGAGUUGGAGCUUUUAGAAAAGCUUUGGUUUUUAUCACUUUGUAUCAGUGAGGUGUGGUUAUGCCGUUAUGGUAAACUGAAUGGCAAGAAUUUCUAUGGUUUUUGUGAUGUUUGACUGACUACAAAUGUCAAUCAAUGGUUCUUAUGACCUGU